AAGAGGAUGUCGCGUGGGAUUGUCAAUUCCGUACGAAGUCACACGGCUCGUCUCCUAACCUUCCUACUGGUCGGGAUCGCCGAGUGGGUGACGAGCGUCGUUUUCUAUGUCAUGGAAGGGAAGGACCGGCUUCAGCACAUUCCGCUCAUCGGAUGUAGCUUUUCUUUCGUGUGGACUGUAGUGGUGGUAGCUGUGGCCGGGUCGCUGACGGUAGUGGCAAAGAGGAACGGAGGCUGGGACAUGCCACGAGAUGAAAUUCCAUUGGUCGAGGCAACACCUGUGUACGGGCAGGUAUUACCCAGGACAAGUCGCCAUUAGUUAAUGUUUAUUUUACUCGUGAGACCAAGUAUACGGAAACUGUGGCAGCCAUGUUAAUUAAUAUGCAUUCUCUAUGUAUUCCU